UUCUCACUUCUCUCAACAGAUGCGGCAACCCUAGACCAGAAUCAUCUCCAUUCCAAGUGUCAGGAACAAUAAGGGACCAUGAACUCAUCCACGUCCAUCACGUCACUCUUCUCCUUCACCAGCCCGGCGGUGAAACGUCUGCUGGGCUGGAAGCAGGGCGACGAGGAGGAGAAGUGGGCAGAGAAAGCCGUGGACUCUCUGGUGAAGAAGCUCAAGAAGAAGAAAGGCGCCAUGGAGGAGCUGGAGCGGGCCCUCAGUUGCCCCGGACAGCCCAGCAAGUGCGUGACCAUCCCGCGCUCACUCGACGGGAGGCUGCAGGUGUCGCACCGCAAGGGCCUGCCGCACGUCAUCUACUGCCGCGUGUGGCGCUGGCCGGACCUGCAGUCGCACCACGAACUCAAGGCGCUCGACUGUUGCGAGUUUCCCUUCGGCUCCAAGCAGAAGGACAUCUGUGUCAAUCCAUACCACUACCGGCGUGUGGAAACGCCGGUGUUGCCGCCCGUCCUGGUGCCGCGCCACAGCGAGUUCAACCCGCAGCACAGCCUGCUGGCCAAGUUCCGCAAUGCAUCUCUGCACAACGAGCCGCUGAUGCCGCAGAACGCCACCUACCCGGAGUCUUUCCCGCCGCUGCCAGGCUCCUCGUCCUCCUUUUCGUCCUCGUCGCCGUCCUCCUCAUCUCACGGACGCUCGCCCGCCUCGCAGGGCUACCCCGACUCCCCCUGCAGCUCCACUGAGCCGGGUAGCCCGUACCACAUUGCAGAAACUCCCCCUCCACCGUACAGCAUGAUGGAGUCGAACCCACAGGAGGACGUGAAGCCGGGCAACUCCACGGAAAGCACCAAGCUCACCUUCUCCGCGCCGCAUAGAGGCAAGUCCGGCUUCUUCGAGCGUGACCGAUCUCCGGACGUUCCGACACUUUCCGUCCGUCCUCCAGAUUUGCGUCCCGUGUGCUACGAGGAGCCCGAGUACUGGUGCUCCAUCGCCUACUACGAGCUGAACAACCGGGUGGGCGAGACUUUCCACGCGUCGUCACGCAGCGUCCUGGUGGACGGCUUCACCGACCCGUCCAACAACAAAAACCGCUUCUGCCUCGGCCUGCUGUCCAACGUCAACCGCAACUCCACCAUCGAGCACACGCGGCGACACAUCGGCAAAGGCUUGCACUUGUAUUACGUGGGUGGCGAGGUGUACGCCGAGUGCCUGAGCGACAGCAGCGUGUUCGUGCAGAGCCGCAACUGCAACUUCCAGCACGGCUUCCACGCCACCACCGUUUGCAAGAUCCCCAGCGGCUGCAGCCUGAAGAUCUUCAACAACCAGCUCUUUGCGCAGCUGCUCGCCCAGUCCGUCAACCACGGCUUCGAGGUGGUCUACGAGCUCACCAAGAUGUGCACCAUCCGCAUGAGCUUUGUCAAGGGUUGGGGGGCUGAGUACCACCGCCAGGAUGUGACCAGCACCCCCUGCUGGAUCGAAGUGCAUCUACAUGGUCCCCUGCAAUGGCUUGACAAGGUCCUCACCCAAAUGGGCUCACCGCACAACCCCAUCUCGUCUGUGUCGUAGAAAACGGGCGGGUGGCUGCGGAAGGCGGCGUUUGUGAUGAGGACGCAAGCCCCUCCGGAAGUUUCCAGGAUGUGGUCCUUGUUUACUGUGAGACUGACUUUCAUUUGGCUUCUGUAUGUUGGCUUUGUUGUUUUCUUGUGCAUCCCUACGGCACUUCAAGACUACGUAGCGCUUCUUUGUGAGUUCAAUUUGUCUUUUAAUAUUAUUCUACCGUCCCGACCAAUGUUUGGUUGUACUUAUAUUAAAUGUUUUUUUCGAGGCUAAAAUGGAUUUGAUGUUUUAUUAUUUAUUUUUUUUACAGGAGAUUAUUAUCAGGCUCGAGAUAUGUCUAUAAAUACAAAUUGGUAACACAAAGCUGCUAGAUGCAAAUCAAGAGUUUCACGAAGUGAAAUAUUAUUUCGUUCGCCGCGGGGGUGACAGAGCUUGUGACCAGAAAACAUUUUUGUUUUGUUUUCUUUGUCCGUGAGUGAAAUCAUCAACAACAACAACAACAA